GUCGGGUUGCCCUUUACCUGCUUAGGCAUUUUGCAAAACAAACGACCUGCAUCUUCUCUACAGUCGUACUCUCCUCCUUGAGUCUUCUGCUUCUCCUUCAAUUUCCUCUUCGCCAGAUCGCAUCGUCCUCGUCCGUGUGCCUUGACCUUCGCCAUCUUCCUUCUCCUCUCCAGGAUGACUUAGUCUGCGAUUCCCAGCCACAAUUCUAACCGACGACAACCGACGAGUCCUCAAUCCUCCCACCCAAUCCUCAUACCGAAAGCAAGCUCGAUGCGCUUUCCUUCUGCUGCCCUCGCAGCUCUUGCUGCCUCCUCCUCUGUCCCGCUUGUCUUGGGCUCGCCCCCUACGCCCCUUCAUGAAGCAGGCCGAUGCGCCAUCCGUGGCCACUGUGGGAAACAAGGGUUUUUCGGCUCUGAUUUACCUUGUCCUGACAAUGGAAAGGCCGCGGCUCCUUCCGACGUGGUGCGCGAGAAGCUGGUCGGUCUCUGCGGAGUGAAAUGGCAAGAUACCGACGUCUGUUGCGACGAGGAUCAAGUGGAUGCUCUCCAAAAGAACCUGAAACUGGCCGAAAGGAUAAUCGCAUCAUGUCCCGCUUGCAAGGAGAAUUUCUUCAACAUCUUCUGCACCUUCACCUGUUCUCCCGAUCAGUCAUUGUUCGUCAAUGUCACCGACAUCGGUAAAGCUUCCAAUGGCAAGGAUGUGGUCACGGAGCUGGAUAACUUAUGGUCAAAAGAUUACCAGAGCGGGUUUUAUGACAGCUGUAAAGAGGUCAAGAAUGGCGCAAGUGGUGGCAAGGCGAUGAGUUUCAUCGGAGGCGGCGCCACCAACUACACCGAGUUUCUCAAGUUUUUGGGCGACAAGAAGUUACUGGGUAGCCCGUUCCAGAUCAACUUUCUCGAGGAGCCUCGGUCUGGAGACAGCCAGGGCAUGGAAGCCUCUGACCCUCGUGUCUACGCCUGUAACGAUACCAACCCCAAAUUUCGAUGCAGCUGUGUCGACUGCCCGGAGGUUUGCCCAACUUUGGAGCCGGUCAGUUCAGUUGAUUAUUGCCAUGUCGGAAAGCUUCCCUGUCUCUCUUUCGCUGUCAUCAUCAUCUACUCGAUCUGCCUGUUGCUUCUCGUUGCGGCUAUUUCCGGGCAUGUGGCCUAUCAAAGACACAAAAAGUGGAAGAGUGAGAGGCUCCAACUGCUACAGGAUUCCGCACCGAGCGACGACGAAGAUGAGGGAGAACUGGUCAACAAUGCAGGGGUCCUCGACCGGCCGCAGAGAAACUAUUAUCUCAAUCAGAUACUGGACCGAGCGUUCCAUGCGCUGGGCGGAUUUUGCGCUCGUUACCCUGCCUUGACCAUUGGUACAAACAUUGUCGUGAUUGGACUCCUCAGUCUGGGGUGGCUCAGAUUUGAGGUCGAGAGGGAUCCGGUCCGUUUAUGGGUCAGCCCGAGCUCGGAUGCUGCGCAGGAGAAGGCCUUCUUCGACAAGAACUUUGGCCCCUUCUACAGGACCGAGCAAGCGUUCCUCGUCAACGACUCGUCUCCUGACAGCUCAGUCCUGAGCUACCAAAAUCUCGACUGGUGGUUCGACAUCGAAGAACGCAUUUCACGCAUGAUGUCACCUGAGAACGGCAUCAAGCUGGACGAUAUCUGUUUCAAGCCAACAAGCUCCGCCUGUGUGGUCCAGUCCGUCAGCGGGUGGUUCGGCGCCGGCUUGACGGAUGACUGGAAGACCCAAAUUGAGCGUUGUGCAGCUCAUCCUGGUGACCAGCUUUGCCUACCGGAAUUCAUGGAUCCUCUCCAGCCGGGACGAGUUCUUGGUGGCUAUGCGAGCAUUGAUGACGUCGCCGAUGCAAAAGCCCUGAUCACCACGUGGGUGGUGAAUAAUGAUCAACCCGGCACAGAGGGAGAGGCUAGGGCUGAAGAAUGGGAGCGGGCUCUCAAACAUGAGUUGCUCAUCUACCAAGAAUCCGCCAAAGCACGCGGCCUGCGGCUCUCCUUCAACACCGAGAUCAGUCUCGAGGAGGAGCUCAAUAAGUCGACCAACACCGAUGCCAAAAUUGUGGCCAUCAGCUACGUCGUCAUGUUCAUAUACGCCUCGCUCUCCCUGGGCUCGACAACUCUGUCAUUGAGAUCGUUUCUCAGUAACCCCGCAAAUGUUCUCGUGCAGUCGAAAUUCACUCUGGGCGUCGCGGGCAUUCUGAUAGUGCUGAUGUCAGUCUCUGGCUCGGUCGGCCUCUUUUCUGCGGCCGGAGUAAAAGUUACGCUGAUCAUUGCCGAAGUCAUUCCAUUCUUGGUUCUUGCCGUUGGUGUAGACAAUAUCUUUCUGAUUGUGCACGAGUUUGAACGUGUCAACGUCAGCCAUCCGGACGAAGAAAUCGAUGUGCGUGUUGCAAAAGCCCUGGGGAGGAUGGGGCCCAGCAUUCUGCUGUCUGCGUCAACCGAGACGAUUGCGUUCGCCAUGGGCGCGUUUGUGGGAAUGCCUGCAGUCAAGAACUUCGCAGCGUACGCCGCAGGCGCUGUAUUCAUCAACGCCGUAUUGCAAAUCACCAUGUUUGUGUCCGUAUUAGCGCUCAAUCAAAGACGGGUCGAAAGUCUGCGGGCAGAUUGUUUCCCGUGUGUGACAGUCAGGGGAGCCAACUCGACGGGUAUGCCUGGUGGCCAUUUCUUUGGCAGCGACGAGGAAGGCUGGUUGCAACGGUUCAUCCGCAAGGUCUAUGCACCAAGUUUGUUAGACAAGAAGGUCAAAACGUUUGUCGUUGCCUUCUUCGUCACCCUUUUCGCAGCUGGGGUGGCGCUCAUUCCGCGGGUGCAACUUGGACUCGACCAGCGUAUCGCGCUUCCUGAGGAUUCCUACAUGAUCCAGUAUUUCAACGACUUGUACGACUAUUUCGGAUCUGGGCCACCCGUAUAUUUUGUCACCCGACACCUCAACGUGACGGCGAGGGAGCAUCAACAGGAACUCUGCGGCAGAUUCACCACCUGCGACGAGUACUCACUGGCGUACAUUCUGGAGCAGGAGUCAAAACGUCCGAAUGUCAGCUAUAUCAACUCUGCCACUGCCAGCUGGAUCGAUGACUUUUUCUACUGGCUCAACCCCAUAUCAGACUGUUGUACGAACGAAAACGGCGGGACUUGCUUCGGCGAAGAUAAAUGGAACAUCACUCUCUCCGGCAUGCCUGAAGGGGAAGAGUUCGUCUAUUAUGCUCAGAAGUGGAUUCAUGCCCCUACUGAUGAGGAAUGUCCCAACGGAGGACAGGCCGCCUACUCAAACGCCGUGGUCGUCGACAAGGACCAUACCGAUAUUCCGGCAAGUCAUUUCCGAACGUUCCAUACACCGCUACAGAGUCAAGACGACCUCAUCAACUCCUACGCCGCAGCCAGGCGAAUCUCAGACGAUAUUUCUGCACGCCACAAUAUCGACGUGUUCCCUUACAGCAAACAUUAUAUUUUCUUCGAUCAGUAUAGCAGCAUCAUUCGCCUGACUGCCACACUUCUGUGUGUGGCCGUUGCGAUCAUCUUUGUCAUUUCUUCGCUGUUGUUGGGAUCCCUUUUGACAGGAGUUGUUGUGGCAGCAACAGUCGUCAUGAUCGUGGUGGACAUUAUCGGUGUCAUGGCAUGUGCUGGCGUUUCUCUCAAUGCCGUGUCGCUGGUGAACUUGGUUAUCUGUGUGGGCAUUGGCGUGGAGUUUUGUGCACACAUCGCCAGAGCAUUCAUGUUCCCCAGCAAAUCGAUUAUGGAGCGGGCAAGGCACAAGUUCCGAGCCCGAGACAUCCGGGCCUGGGCGGCAUUGGUCAACGUGGGCGGGAGCGUCUUCAGCGGCAUCACCAUUACAAAGUUCGUGGGCGUCGUUGUGUUGGCAUUCACCAGGAGCAAAAUCUUCGAGGUCUACUACUUCCGCAUUUGGCUGGCGCUGGUGAUACUUGCAAGUAGCCAUGCGCUGGUGUUUUUGCCUGUGGCUUUGAGUUUCUUGGGCGGUGAUGGGUACAUUGAUCCCGAGAGCGAGGGCGGGCUGGAAGAGGAUCUCGCUAGUCGACGAUACCGGAGUCUGCUGCCGGACGACGAUUACUAUGAUUCAGAGGACGAAUAACAAGAGUUGGAUAGAAGACAGCCAGCACAGCCUCUGAUAGAAAAUGCAUUCGUUGGACUGGCCAAUCACUUUACGCAUGUCCCUUUAUGAGUACAGAGCGUUGUAAGCAUUGCAGGACUUUGCCCUAAGUACAUCUCAUGCGGGUCAAUGGUCUCUCCGGGGAUCUUUUCGUAACAGGUCACGUCUUUAACGUCCUCCAUGUACCACUCCCAAAGCAGAU